GAAACUAUGUGGAAAUGGGGUAGUGGAGAUGAUUCUCCUUCCAAAACAGUAGCUGCAGGCUCACAAGAUGCAAGAAGCAUGUCGGUGACAGAUUUGACUGAACAGCUGGCAAGUACUGAACAGCUGGUUACACAGCUAAAGGAGCUUGUCAGAGAGAAGGAUGCUGAGCUUCGAAAUAAAGAUCUUCAGUUAAAGGAGGAGAAGGAAUCUGCUGAUGCCAAACUUUCCAAGUUGAAGCUGCAAAACAAAGCCAAGGUUGCAUCAUUAACCUCACAAUUGGAAGAACUUAAGAAACAGUUAUCAGUAUCAGGAGGCUCAGAGGCAAAAGCAGAACAAAAAAAGACAUCAAAAGAUGGUGAUCAGGAAAAUGCUGCAGCAAAUCGUGGGAAAAUAUUGGUACUGAGGAGGAGAAUUGAAGAACUAGAAUCCCAGAUCACACAAAAAAAUGAAGAGUUACAAAAAAAGAGUGUUGAACUGGAGGCCCAGCGCUGUCGUGGGACUGAAAUGGAUGCCAUGCUGGCAGAGAAAGAAAAGAAGUUAGCUGAAAGAGAUGCUUAUAUCAUCGAUUUACAGAUAGCAUGUGGAUCAAGUGGUGUUGCCAAUGAAAUACUCUUGCCCAAUGAAGAAUUGAAGAAUCAGCUGGCUGUUAAAGAAUCGUCACUACAAAGCAUGCAGGUUCUAGUUCAGAACCUUACCAAGAAGGUUGGAGAUAGUGAAGAAAAAUGUAGCUUGUUCCAGGAACAGAUUGAGAGUCUUAAAAAUAUUCAGAACAAAGAAAGAGAGCGUUUCCAAGGAAAAGAAGCUACAUAUAUGGAAAAUGUACGUGUGUUUCAAAAUAUUAUCCAGGAAAAGGAAAAGGAACUGGAAGCACAGAGAGAAAAGCAUGAGCAGGAGCUCUUUAAGUUAGCAGCUAAAUCUGAUGCAAGUGCUGACCUAGAACAGCUACUAAAGGCCUUGAAACAGAAGCUCCAUGAAAAGGAAGAAGUCAUGCUGGGAAGGACACAGGUGAUAGAUGUCUUGCAAAAAGAACUGGAUGCCAAGGACCAGCAAUUGAAAGAGAUUAAUGAAAACGUGAAACGUCUUCUGUCUGAAAAAGAAAACCUCCAGUCUAAACUGGAUGCUGAGAAACAUGUAAUGAGAGCCCAGUUAAGAGACAUGAUGGAGAAACAUGAGCUUGAAAUGACAAAAGUUAAGGAGAAAUAUAAUGCUGAACUGCAGGAAAUUCAAGAGAAACAUGAAACUGAGCUGCAAGAGAAAGAUCAGGCCCUGUUUCAGCUUAAGAAACAAGUGGCAGAAUUAAGUGGUAGUGGACAGACUAAUUCAGAAGAAGCUAGAGAUCUGGAGUCUACAACCAAAGAGAAGAUGGAAGAUUUAGAAGUGAAAUUGAAAACAGAAGAGUUUUCAUCAAAGAAUAAUGAUGUAUCUGCCUUAAACAAUCGUGUCUCAGAAUUAGAAAUUGAAAAUGAAGAACUACAGUCAAAACUGCAAUCGUUACAUGAAAUCAGAACUCAAAACGAAGAGUUGCUGACUAAGCUAGAAGUGUAUGAAGAGCAGCAAAGGAAGUUGCAAGCUGAUCUUGACCAAGUUACAAAGAGGGCAGCUUCACAGGCCAGUGAAUCGGGUAGUGUGGAUGAAUUGCAGAGUCAGCUCUUGGAAUGGCAAGAAAAUGUACCAGAGUCAGAGGAGUCCCGUGAUCAAGUCAGAGAAGAGAAAUCUGCUAUGGCCUUGAGAAUGGCUCAGAUCGAGGAGGAGAGAGAAGCCAUAGUCUCAGGGCAACAGGAGCUGGAGGAGGAACUGACCACAGUUCAAGGAAUGGGCAGGCUGCAGCAGUCAAGAAGAAAAAGCAAUCAGACCAGCAGAAAGCUUCAGGAAGAAUACAACUUUGAUAGAAAACAAUGCUUUCAAGAACUGAACGUCACCUUGGAUAGCGCUGAUUCAGCUGAAGGAGAAAAUAUGGGAGGUUUACGGAGUGUGGUUGAAGAGUUGGAAUUGGAAAGAAAUCAACUGCAGGAACAAAUUCUUUUUCUAGAAGAGCGUUGUCAGGAUUUGGAAGAUAGGUUGCAGCUUCAAGGCAGAAUGGAGGCUCUUCAGAAUGAAAAUGAACGUUUGCAAACUCAACUCACCCAGUUACGCAACCAACAAAUGCGAGAUGUAGAAAAGCAUCAAAUUCUGAUCUCUGGCUUGAAUGAGCAGCUUAAAGGAUUAAGUGACAGAAAUAGCUUCCUUGAAACAUCACUUGGAGAAAAAGAACAAAAACUGUUGAGCAUGACAGAAAGACUAGAACAAAUGGAAAGUUUGAGGAAACUGCUUCAAGAAAAGGAUCUUCUGAACAAAGAGCUUGGUGAAAAGUUUGUGCAUACUGAGCAAAAACUGAAGGAAGCCUUAAAGAAAUGCAGUGUUUAUGAAGUGGAGAACACUGAGCAGAAAACAGUCAUCAGUGAUCUAACAGAAAAAGUUGCUACACUGAAGGAAAAGACUUUGAAACAAGAUGGCGUGAUAGAAUCGAUGCAGCUGGAUCUGGACCAGACUAAUGAAGAGCUUGACAAAUUGAAUACAAGCCAUUUAGAUGAAAGAUCUCAACUUAUUCAAGAUCUCCAGAAACGUGAAAGAGAAAUUGAUAAUCUUAAAGAAGCACUGGCAGAAAAAGACAGGGAGAUGUCUGUCCUGUCUUUGAAUAUGACGGAAUAUUCUGAACAGGUUAUCAUCCUGAAACAUCAAGUGCAAUGCAAAGAGGAAGAAAUACGGGGGAUGGAAGAGGCUUUAUCAAAGGCUGAAAGGGAAGCUCAUUUACUGAAAGAAGUACAAACAGCUGAUGUAAGAGAUGCAAGCAUGAAGAUCUCUGUCCUUUCCGAGCAAAAUAAUACAAUCAGACUAGAGCUAGAAAGAGUUAAAGUUGAGAAUGAAGCUAAAACCAAAGAAAAUGAGGAAUUAGUAAGACAAAGCAGUGAGAACAGCAUUACAAUUAAGCAUCUCCAUUCUGAAAUCAAAGCCAACAAUGUUGCAUACCAUAACAAACUUGCGGAGUGUGAGUCACAAAUUACUUUGCUGAAAGAACAAAUUAGUAAAGCAUCUGAAAAGUUACAAGAAACCCAGGAUAAACAAAGAAAAGAAACUGAGUAUUUGACAUCUCAACUUGAGGAAAACAAUACUCUAAUGGAAAAAUGUAACAGUUUGCUUAAAGAGAAAGAGAGUAAAGCAGAGACACUUGAAAAUGAAUUAAAAUCAAUUAAAGAUUCAUACAACAAACUAGUUUCGGAAGAUACUAAAAAAGUUGAAGAAUUGGCUGAGUUAUCUAGGAAGCUUAUAGAACAUACUGAACAUCAAGAAACAAUUAAAAAAGAAUUACAGGAGAAACAAGAGUUCAUUAUUUCAUUAGAGCAGAAGCUUGGGGUUUUGGAGCAGCAAAAUGAAGAGACUAAACUUAAAUUAACGGGAGAUCUGAAAGCCAAAGAGACAUGUUGCAGAGAACUUAAUAACCAAUUAAAUGAAAUACAUAAACAAAUCAACAAGAUGGAAAUAGAGUGUGAGUUGUCAAAGAAAAUCCAGGCUGUGACAGAAGUAGAGAAUAAGUUAUCUGUUAGCACUGCUGAGUAUGAAAAAACUCUUUCAGUACUAAAUUGUGAUAAAAACACUCUGGCAAAAGAGAUUCAACAACUUUCAAUACUUGCCGAGCAAAAAGAAAAUUCCGUUGCAGAACAGCUGCAGGAGAAAACAAAGGAAUGUAAUGUGCUAGCUGAUCAGUUGUUUGAAAGCAAGGAACAGACACAACAAUUGCAUGAGCAAAUGCAGUCACUUCUCAUUCAGCUGAAGGAUACUAGAGACAAAGAAAUAAAUAAAGAAGAAAUGUUAAAUAAUAAGUUAUCUGAAUGCAGUAGCCUAAUCCAAGAGCUCAGCCAUAGCAAGGAAAAGAAUUUACUGCUGCAGGAAAAAAUUCAAAGCUUAACUUUGGAUUUUGAAGCUGUGAACAGGUCACUAGAAGAGAAAGUCCUUCAAAAUGAUUCAUUACUUAAGGCAGUGGAAGAGAGUAAGUUUUGUAUUGUAGAGUUGCGGGAUGAAAUUAAAAACCUUAAAGAUGAAAAAACAAAGUUAUUGCAGUUGGUAGAGGAAAGAGACCUGACUCUAAAAAGUCAGGGUUCAGAACUUGAGAAAUUUCAUAGGCAGGUUUCUGAAAAAAUGGAAGAAAGUACAGUGUUAAAUAAUCAGCUGCAGCUACUAAGCAAAGAAAUGGAUGUGCUUAAGCAUGAGAAGGAGAACUUUUCAAGCUUAUUGAGCGAGAAGUCACGUGAAUGUGAAGUUCUUCAGUCACAGUUGGCACAGCAACAGUCUGAAAUUACUUCAGCAAGACAACAAGCACAUACAGCAGCUCUAGAAAAUGAGAAGUUGAAAGUAGACGUUGAAACAGCUAAUGUUAUGGAAGCUUUGAUUCAGAAAGUAAAAGAUAGUAAAGUGGCAGAAGGGCAAAAUAUGCAAAUAAUUUCAGAUCUGCAAAACCAAAUACAAGCCCUAGGUUUUGAAACCAGACAGCUUAGACACACAGUGCAGGAAAAAGAAAAUGAAUUUAAGAGGCAAGCCCAAGAAUUAAAGUUAUUAAAAGACAAAUCUGAAGAGUCUGAUGUACUUAGGGUUCAACUGUCUGAGAAUAUGGAGGUUAUUUCUGACCUUCAAUAUCAGCUUAGAAAUGUGACAGAAAAAUCUUCCCAGUUGAAUGAUUCAAUUAUACAGAAGGAUGAAUCUUUAAAACAAAAAUUAGAUGAAUACAUGAGCUUAAAAGCACAGCUUUCUGAGGUACAGGAAUCUGCUCUUUUGCAGCAGAAACAGUUGGAGCUUUUAGCCUCUGAAGCAGAACAAUUAAAAGUACUUGUUUCAGAAAAAGAAUUAACCAUCAACAAUAUUUCAUUAUCUGGUGAGAAUUUAAAGACGCAACUUCAAGAGAAAGAGAAUGAAUGUGAGGUGUUAAAGAAACAGGUGGUAGAGCUGGAGGAAGUGAAAGUAAAUUUACAAAAAGAAAUACAACAUCAGAAGGGUGUAAUAAUUGAGAUGGACCAGUCCUUAUCGGAAAAGGAGUCAUCUCUUAUGGAAAAUAAAAGUCUCCUCAAAACUCUGAAGGAGAAAGCAAGGAGAGAUGAAGAGAAGACAAAUUUAAUUUCUCAGCUCAGAAGUCAGUUACAUGAACUAACACAAGAACUACAGCAAUCUAAAGAACUAGUCCAUGAGAGAGAAAAUGCCUUUUUAUCUCUUCAGGAGAAAAUUGAAACACAGUAUGAAUUAAGAACUGAGCUGAAUGUGGCUCUUGGGAAAAAAGAAGAAGUUAUUGCUGGACUGCUUAAUUCUUUAAAGGAGAAAGAUACCAGUAUACAGCUGGCAGAUAGCAACGUUAAUGUUCUUUCUAGUGAGAUUGAGGUUCUCAGAGAAAAAUUAGAGAAAAGUGAUACAGCCAUGAAAAACCUUACUAAGGAAUUUCAGGAAAAGAACGAGAAGCUUGAUAUUAAUCAGAAGAAAAUUGGUUGUUUGACAAUUGAACUUGACUGUCUUAAAAAUGAACACCAAAAAGCACUAGAUCAAAUAAGCACAUGGGAAGAACUGCUACAGCAAAAAGAAUUGGCCAUGGAGUCUCUGCGUGUGAAGUGCACUGAGCAGGCAGAUAACAUAGCACAUUUGAAGUUCGAGUUGAACAAUGUAAAUUCCAAAUCAUCUCAAGACUGCCAUGACAAUGCGCUUUUAAUAGGUAGUCUGCAGUGCCAGGUAGAGUCUUUAGAGAAAGAAAAAAAUCGGUUGCAGGAAGAUGCUAAUAAACUGAUGGCUGAAAACGCACAACUUACGACAUCUCAAAAUCGUUUGCAAAAGCAAUUGGAAGAGCUCCAAGAAAUCAAUGAAAAACUAGAAACCAGUGAGAAUUAUUCAAGAAUGCAGAUAGAUGCUGUCAAACUGCAGAUGAAGACUGAAAAAGAGAAGUUACAGAUGCAGGUUAGUGUGAAAGGUGAAGAACUUUCUAAAUUAGAACUUAAAUUUGGAACUUUAGAACAAAAUCUACUUGAGUCAGAAAACAAGUGGGUGACAGAACUUGAUAGGGCAACUUUACAAAAUGGUAAUCUUACUGAACAAUUGAGCAGUUUAGAAAGUGAAAUGAAAUCAAAGGAUAGCAAAAUCCAGUCUUUGCAACAAGAGCUGGAUCUUAUAAAAGAGGAAUUAACUCAAAGCUUGUCUCUGUUACUUAGUAGUAGGCUUUCGCGUAAAGAAAAGGUGGCACAAACUUCAGAUUCUGAACUGCAGCUAACUGAUAGUAAAAUUCAGUUGGAAAAAUUCUCCACUCUGAUAACCACUAUUUUGAGCAAAGAAACAGAAGGAGAACAAUUGCAGCUGGUGCUUUUAGAAAAACAGAAGGAAAUAGACACCAUGAAAGAUGAAUUAAAAAGUAUGCAGUCACUUGAGAAGCAGAAGGAGUUGCUGCAGAAUGAUAUUGAAAAGAUGAAGGGCAAAUACAAAUCUGAAAUUGAAUGUCUGUCAGAAGAAAUGGCCACAGUCAAGGAAAGAUUAUGUCAACAGCAGUCUCUGUUGCAAGAAAGGGAAGAGUCUUUUGCAGAAAUAAAUAAGCAGGUUGAAUUUCUUCAAGACAAGAUAAAUAAAUCAGAAGAAAUAGUAAGAACCACUCAAGAAAAACUGCACACUGAAGGUAAAAAAGUAGCAAGUCUCCUUGAAGAAAUGGGGAAAAAAGAUGAACUCAUUGAAAACUUAACUUCCCAGGUAAAUCAGCAGAAGGAUUUAAUUUCUGGUCUAAGCCAGCAACUGAAAGAAAAGGACUCUUCUGUUACCCAGAUCAUGGAAUCAUUGUCUAAUGAAAUGCUGAUUUUUUCUGAAGAGAGAAAUACAUUAAAUACCAAACUGCACGACCUUGAAGCUCUUCAUAGUAGUUCUGUAGGAGAGCUAAACCGAGUUUUGCAGGAACUUGAGGAUUGUAAGAAAGAACUGGAACAUAGUCAGGUUACGUUAAGCAGUAGAGAAGCUGUGUUUAAAGAUUUAAUGAAUGAAAAAGAGGAGAUGCAGUUUAAUCUUGAGAAAAUGGGCAAGGAAAAAGAGAAUCUGAAAAAGAAACUUCAAGCAGCAUUGAUAAUAAGAAGAGAUCUAAUGCAAAAAGUUGGAAAACUAGAAAAGAGUGGACAGGAGGAAAUAGAAAAAGAGCAAAAAAAAGCAGAGGAGUUGUUGAAGAAAGUUAAUGAGUUAACAGACAAGCUGAAACUAGUUGAAGUACAAAAUAAAGAUUCGGAGUCUCAUCUUGAAACUUUGAAGCAACAACUUUUAGAAAAAGAUGCCAAAAUAAGUGAUUUGACUGAAAUAUUGUCUGCAAAAGGCUCUUACUUAGAACAACUUCAGGACAAUAUUGCAGAACUAAAUGAUGUCAUUGCUGAAAAACAAAAUAUAUGUGAGCAGAACCUAAAAUCUUUAAAGGAAAAGGAUCGCAUGCUUGCUCAUAUGCAGUCUAUGCUUGAUGAAAAAGCAAGUGCAUAUGAAGAGGAACGUUCUCAGCUGCUCUUAGCUUUUGAAAAGGUGAAGUCUGAAAUUAAGAAGGAAGAAGAAUUAUUGAAAAAUUCCAGUUCAGAACAGCCCGAUUUAAGUGCUGGGGACAGGAAGACGUGUCUGGACCCCAACAAUGACAUUAAUGUCAUGAAUCAAUUAAAAAAAGAAAAAGAAGCCUUAGAGAGGGAGCUUUUGGUCAAGAAACAAGAUAUUAAAAAGUUGCAGAAAGAAAAGGAAGAGCACAUUCAACUUGCAGCAGAUUUUGAUGAACAAAAAAACCACUUUGAGAAUCUCAAACAAGAACAUAAAGCCCUCUGGGAAGUUCUUCAGACAAAAUGUAAAGAACUCGACUUCAAGCUGGCUUCACCUAAGGCAGUGCGGGGAGAAGAGGCAGCUGAUCUAAGGAAUUCGGGAUCAGACAAACCAAGAAGCAAGGUUCAGAUUGCAUCUUUAAAAGAGCCAGAAAACACGAUCACUUCAGUGGCAAGUAAAGACACUGAGUUAAAAGAACUAAGAAGUAAUUAUGCAAAACUUCAGGAGGAAACAGAAAUGUUAAAGAAAGAGUUGAGAAAAAUAUCAGUUGAAUUUGAUCAUGAAAGAGAAGAAACAGUCAGCUUAAACUCUUUGAGACAGCAGGACCAGUACCAGGAGCGAUAUCAGGGCAGCUUGUUGGAGGAUAUAAAGCAGCUCCAGAAAAAGCUGAAAGCAUAUGAGGCUGAAGCUAUAGACUUUAAGACAGCACUUGAACAUGUAAACAAUGAGAAAGAAGCACUUAUUAAAAAAAGUGAAGAGGAUUACAAGAUGAGCCAGGAGAAACUGCAGAGGCUGAGAAUUGAAGCUAAGAAGGAGGUUGCAGAAAAGAAUGAGGAAAUGGAAGCGUUGCGUUGUUCACUUACAGAUUUCAAAGAUAAACUUUAUCUGGAAAAGGAAUUAUUAAGCAAAGCUAUAAAGGAGAGUGAAGAAGCAGCCCACCAUUACAAAAUAGCAUUUGAAGAAAUGAAGAGUGAAAAAGAGAAACUUGUCAGUUGUUUGGAAAAGUCCAAUUUGGAACUAAUUACUAUGAAAAAGGAGGUGAAACAUUUCAGUGAAGAAAACACAAAACUGCUGACAGAGCUAUGUAUGCUACACGAGAAGGCUGAGUUGAGUAGACAUGUGAGGUCAUGCAAAGAGCUUAAGGAAGAAAAUGAUACUGAAAAGGAAUUGGGAGAGUUUUGUUCAGAAAGUAAUUCCCUUCGAGGAAAGCUGCAAGGUGAAGGCACCUUUUUUCAACUAUCAGAGACUGAUUACUCUGGGAAAACUAAACUGAGAGAAGCAACAGAAUGUCAAAUCCAGAAACAAAUGCAAAUGAUUGAAGAGCCGCCGCCAAAACCCGCCAACAUAAAUGAUUCUAAACCACAAGAGCAAAGAACUAUAGCAGAAGAGAAGUCCAGAGAGCGCCUUCAAAGAAAAUUGCAGGCAGCUUUAAUAUCACGUAAAGAAGCCCUGAGAGAAAAUAAAUGCCUAAAAGACCAGAUUGAUAAGCUGAUGUUAGAAAGAGAAAAACUGGUGAACAAGACGGGUAUACUUGAACACUUGUUAGAGCUUGGUACAGAAAAACAAAGUUCAAGUACUGUCUAUCCAUCAUCUGAAGAGGAGAGCCUUGUUUCUGAGAAUGCUAGACUGUUGACUGAAAAUGAAAACCUCACCGCAGCAUGUGAAAGCCUUAAGUCCACCAUGGAGACUAUAGUUCAGGAAAAAGAGGCCUUUUCUUUCCAACUAAAUACCUUAAAAGAUUCUCAGACAGUUGAAUUAACAGGAUGGAAGGCUAAACAUAGUGAAUUAAAGCAGGAGUAUGAAUCACUUCUUCAGGCUUAUGAGAAUAUCAGUAGUAAAAUAGCAGACAUGAGGCAAGUUAUUGAUCUUACUAGAAAAGAGAAGCAAGAGGCUAUUCAGAAACUCAGGGAAGGAGAAUCUGAGAAGGAGGCUCUUGAGAAGUGCUUACAAAAACUCAGUGAUGAAAAUGAGGUUAUUAAGAAUCAACUGAAACAACUCGGCGAAUCCAAGAAAAUGGAAGUUGACGAAUUACAAAGGAAAGCAGAAAAGCAGAUCUGUGAGCAAGAGGCAAGGAUGCAAGAACACCAGGAUCGCCUUCGUGAACUCACUGAUCAGAAUCAUCGGCUAAUGGAGGAAAAUGAGCAGCUGAAACAAACUUCUGAAAAUUUAAAGCAGGCUUUAGAGAAAAUUCAGAAUGAGAAUGAUAUCCUUCAUAAUAACAUCACCGUAACUAAAGCAGCUUUGGGAGAGCUCCAGGUUCAAAUGGAAGUGUACCAAAAUGAUACGCAAUCUAAAAUCAAUGAUGCAUUAUGUGAGAAUGAAUCAUUGUUAAAGGACAUUAAUGUGUUAAGAGAUAAACUCUCUGAAAAAGAACACGAUCUGGACAUGGAAUGUAAAAGUCUUACACAAGAAAUUGUUAGUCUAAAUGAAAAAGUCAAGAUUUUAGAGGAUGACAAAUGUCUGUUACAGGAAGAAUUAGAAAAUGUACAAGAAAGUUCUUACAAAGUAAAGAAUGAGAGGGAAUUUCUUGAGACAGAAUUGCUCAAUCAUGUUAAAAAAGUUGAUUAUCUUACUGAUAGAAUGAAAUCAGCGCAGGUACAGAAUAACUUGCUGUUACAGCAACUGGAAGAAUUAAAGGCAGAAAAAUGUAACGUGGUUAGAGAAAAAGAAGAACAGCAGUUACACCUUGUAAAAAUAUUUGAGGAGAAGGUGAAAAGUGCUCAGAGGGAUAAUAAUGGAAGUAAAAACAAAACAAAAGAAUUGAAAGAACUCUUAAAGGAGAAACAGCAGGAGAUCAACCAUUUACAAAAGGAUUCUAUAAAGUUCCAGGAGCUGAUCCUGGAUUUGGAAAGAUCUGUGAAACUGUCACAGUCAAAAAGUGAAAAAUUUGAAAAGGAAUUAAGUAAUACAUCAGAAAAGCUUGUGAAAUCCCAUGAAGAAAUAUAUCAUCUCAAGGGAAAGCUUUCUUCACAGAUGGACUUGUUGGAUCAGUCAAAGAAUGAAGUGGACAGGCUUACAGAUGAGAAUCUAAAUUGGAGAAAAGAACUUAAGAAGAAAGAGGAUGAACUACAAAUUCAAAAGAGAGAAUAUGAGAGAAAGUUGGAAUUUAAUCUUCAACAAUUAAAAUUGGUUCACGAAAGAGAGUUUUUGAACCUGGAGGAAAGAUACGGUGCCCUUGAGAGAGAAAAAGAGAGGGCUAUCAGUGAGGUUCAUGGUUUGCAAGAGGAAGUUAGCAUUAAGGACUCUCAAAACAAGAAACUUCAAGCAGAUUUGAAUGCAGCUUUGGCACGAUUAGCUGCUUUUACAAAGUGUAUGUCCUCUCUUCAGGAUGACCGGGACAGGGUAAUCACUGAAAUGAAAACCUGGGAAAUGCAGUUCAAAGAGGCCAUCCAAAAUAAAGAGAAACAGAUAGAAGACAGUAAUAAAAGAAUAAUGUCUUUACAAGAUGAACUGAAAGACAAAACUACUCAGAUUCAAGAACUGAUUGUCAAAUAUUCUGUGGUAGAGGAAACAAAGGAUGAACUGUAUAUGAGGCAAAAAUCUGUUGAUAUACAACGGUAUGAAGAGCUCUGCAGACUAAAGGAAGAAAAUACAGUUUUUUUUAACAGGCAGCAAGAAUUGGAGAGUGUUCUUCAGUCCAAAGAAGCAGCUUUGCAAGCACUCCUCAAAGAAAAUAAUUCUCUUAAUCAUCUCAUAGAGAAUAGUAAAAGUGCAGGAAGAGAGAUAAAAGCUCUGGAAAGUAAUUUUACAAGACAGGAACAAGAAUUGCAACAGCUUCUAGAUGAGAAGGAAAAACUUAAUGCUGAAUUGCAAAAGCAGAUUACCAUUUCUGAGCAAAUGAAGACCAUGCUAAAUAAUAAAGACAAAGAAAUUUCCUUACUCAUUUCUUCGAAAGGUGAUGAAAUUUCUGACUAUCUGAUUCAGGUACAGACUCAACAUAGAAAACAAAUCAAAGAGUAUGAACUUCAGUUAAGGUCUUUGCAGAUAGAGAGACAACAAUCUGAGGAGUCCUGUCAGAGGAUGGAAAAUGAAUUGAGAAAUCUCCAGAUGAAAGCAGACAAAGCAGGUCAAGAUAAGGCUGCAAUUGCCAGUGAAAUAGAUGCUUUUAAAAAAUCAAUGUCAUCUCUUCAGAAUGAUCGGGAUGAUCUUUUUUCUAAAUACAAAGAGCUGGAACAUCUUCACCGAGAUGUCUUAAAUCAACGAGACAAUCUUAUAGUUGGCAAUGCAAGUGAGAAUAAUGCUUUGAAACAAGAAUUAAGGAUACUUCUCGAUCAGAGAGACGAUCUUCAUUCUGAAAAUGCAAUGCUAAGUGCACAGCUGAUAAAGUAUAGGGAAGAUCUUAACCAAGAUACUGCUGUAUCUUUGGAACAUGAAAAUAAAAAAUUAGUGUCUAAAGUAAAUGAUUUAGAAUCUUUAAUUGCAUCAUUAAACAAAGAGAAACUUGUUUCUGAAUCUGGAGAGAAACUGCUAACUAGCGAUAGUGUUCAGAAAAAAGAGUGUGUAUCAAAUGGACAGUAUGGAGAAAAUCUUCAGAAGACGAUUCAAGAACUCCAGAAAUCAGGAGGCAGAAAUACUAAGGAUGCAGAUGAGGAAUACAGUAAGACUCUUUUGACACUUGAACAUGGAGGUGAACCUGAUGCUUUUACAGAGAAGAUGAUAUUAGAAGUUCAGUCUCAAAAUAAUGAGCUGAAGUCCCAAAAUGAGGCCUUUGGGAAAGCAAUGACUGCUCUGCAAAAUGAUAGAGAUAGGAUAAUAGAGGACUUAAAGGUACUUCAGAGCAAAUACACAUCUGAACUCAAGACUGAAAAAAAGAAAGGAGAUGAACUUGAAGCUGAGUUGGAUGGCUUUAAAUUACAUCUUACCAGUAUGCUCAAAGAAAAUUCUCUUCUGAAUCAGGCUCUUUUUGGUGCUGCAGAUAAGGUUACACUUGAUCAGAUUGCUGAUGAAAUUGAAAAUCUCUGUAGGACGUUAGUCACUCGAGAGGUGGAGGUUAGCAGGCUCUCAUCUGAGUGUGAGAAUUACAUUCACCAGAUUGAAGCAUUUUCCAAGGCUAUGGCCAGUCUUCAGGAUGACCGAGACAAAUUGCUGCAGGAACUCAGCAAUCAGAAGGCUAAAGAAGGAGCCAGCCUUGCAGCUGUUGAGAUAUCAAAACUGAAGACCAAGGUUGAUGAUUUGGAGAAGGCACUGCAUCAAACAAAAACCUUCCAAGCAGAAACUGAGAGAGAGAUUGCAUCAUACCAGAAUGAGCUUGCUGGAUUAAGAAUGGAAAACAACCUCCUCCUCUCAGAGUCCCAGGCGCUGCGAAAUCAAUAUCAAAUCACAGUUGCUGAGAAAGAUCGACAGAUUGCAGAACUACAGAAGCUGCAACAAGACAUGAUUUUUAAGAAAUCGGUCUCCGCUGGCAGCAAUUACCCAGUCAAGGUUUUAGAAACUGCCUCCCUCGCUGGCAGUGCAGAUACGCCGCAGGAAAUCAAACAUGUCUUAGCUGAGAAGAAUCAGCUUCAAAACGAGCUCCAGCGCUGUCUUCAGGAGAUACACCAGAAGGAUCUGCAUUUUCAGCAGGUUAAUUCAAAGGUUGUGCAGUCAGCAGAAGAGAAUGCUGUCUUGUCUGCCCAGUUGAAGACUCUUUCGCAGACUCUGAGGGAUAACCAGCUUCGUUACACUGACUUGCAGAAUCGUUAUUUAAGACUUGAGAGGGAAUAUCAGACAGUGCAAGUGACAUCUUUCCAAGGCACUGUUCAGGAUGAAACCAGAGCAGAAGUUCCUCCUGGAGCGCCACAGGAAAGAUCUGCAAUUGUUGUUGAAAUAGACAAUAUGGAACUAAAUGAACUCAGAAGAAGGCUUGCAGAGACCGAGCAACAAUAUGAUUCAGUGCAGCAGGCGCUCUCACAGCUGACAGAAACACUGUCGGAAGAGAAGAGGAGGAGAGAAGCUGCGGAAGAAGCUCUUGGGCUCUCUGAGGAGCAAAGCAACAGAUUUGAAGUAAGUGGUUACAGGUCUGUACCGAUGGAAUACACUGUUCAGAUGGAAACUGAGGAGGAAAGGGAAGCCUUAAUCAUCAAUCCUAGUGAACAUGUUAUUGUGCGAAAGGUAAGAGGAGCCCUUUCCUUCAGAAGAUGGCUUCGAGGGCGAAGUCUUUACUGUUCUAAGCUGCUGACCUCCAGAGCAAAAUCCCGCUAUUUAUUCCUCACAUAUUCCGUGAACUCCAUUCCAGAAGCUGAUAUAAAUGUAAUAGAAGGUGAGAUCAUGUCAUUUACAAAGAGGCUUUUACAAAUCGUCACCAUUUCCCGGGCGUUGGGAUCGGUCAUCGCGCUUCGUAAAGCGUGA